AUGCAUCCAGCACUGACAGUCUUCUUCAUGUUGCUCUUUGCCCUGUUGUGUCUCCUGGGGAUCCUGGCAAAUGGCUUCAUUGUGCUGGCGCUGGGCAGGGAGUGGCUGCGCUAUGGUAGGCUGCUCCCCUUGGACAUGAUCCUCAUGAGCCUGGGUGCCUCCCGCUUCUGCCUGCAGUGGGUUGGGUUGGCGCACAACUUCUAUUACUUCGUCCACAUCGUCGAGGACUUCAUGGAUCUCAGCCAACAGUUCUUUUCUCUAUACUGGAACUUCCUGAACUCAGCCACCUUAUGGUUUGGCACCUGGCUCAGUGUCCUGUUCUGCAUGAAGGUUGCUAACAUCACAUACCCCGCCUUCCUCUGGCUGAAGUGGAGGCUCCCAGGGUUAGUGCCAUGGCUCCUGCUGGGCUCUGCUCUGAUCUCCUUUAUUGUAAGCCUGCUGUCCUUUUGGGGAAAGCACUCUAUGUAUCGAGGAUUUUUAAUUAGAAAAUUCUCUUGUAACAUGACCUAUAAGAAAUGGAGCAGAAGGAUAGAAAUUUACUAUUUUCUGCCCUUGAAACUUGUCACCUUGACAAUCCCUUACUCUGUCUUUCUGAUGUCAAUUGCACUGUUGAUUAAUUCUUUGAGGGGUCAUAUCUGGAGAAUGCGGUACAAUGGACACAGCCUGCAGGACCUCAGCACCCAGGCUCACACAAGAGCUCUGGUGUCUCUCAUCUCCUUCCUCAUUCUUUAUACUCUGUCCUUUGUAUCCCUGAUCACCUAUGCUGUAGGUGUUUUCUCCACAGAGACUGUGUGGUACUGGCCAUGGCAAAUUAUAAUCUACCUGUGCAUAUCUGUCCAUCCCUUCAUCCUCAUCUUCAGCAAUCUUAAGCUUAGAGCUGGGUUCAGGCAGCUACUGCUGUUGGCCAGGGGCUUCUGUAUGGCCUAA